UGCGAUCAGCACUUUCCCGUCAGUCUGAGUCGGAUCGUGCCGGGAAAAAGUCGCGAGUCGUGAUAGUGUGCCCGCUAUUUAAAUAUCGUUGCGCGCGACGUAACAGGAAAAGCGAAGCCGUGCCUUAUCCCACGUUGUUUAGGAAGGAAUGGGAGAGAAAAAAACAGUUUCAACAAGUGCGAGGUGGCUGACGGUGUGAAGGCGGUUUGGUCCCUUCCCUUCAGCCUAAUUAGCUUUUAAUAAAUCCUGACCGCAGCAUCCGCCCAGGACGACCGGCCGGUGCGGUGUUGGAAGAAGCAGGGAUAACAAACAAGUGGCUGGGACGUCGGUUAUGGUUAGGGUAGCUGUGGCAUAAUUUGCAUCGCAAACAACUUUUUUUUUCAUCUCGUGUUGCCCCCUCUUGGUUCAUUACGGAGUGGAGGUGAGAAAAACGCGAAAAGCCACAAAAAAGCACGUGAAAGUGGAUUAUAAGCAUAAUAUUGAUUGAGAGAGGGGUGUGAGGGAUUCGCUAGGGAGCAGUUAUUAAAAAAAAGGCGAGCAGUAGGCGACGUGAAACGAGGGCGAAGGAACCAGAAAGGACCCUCACAAAGUUGGCGGCGCCCAAUUGGGUGGUUUCUAUCUACCGCGGAAAAGUGGUGAAAAGGUGAAUUUUUGGUGCAAGUGUUGGAAUCGGAUUCCGUGGUGGUUGGUUGAAAACGUUGAAAACUGAAUCGUCGAAGUUGCCGCAAUAAGAAAAAAGUUCACAAUCAUGGGAAGUGCAGCGAAAGUGGAGCAAUCAUCUCGAAGAAUGCUGAGCAAUCAGAGCAGUAACGAUUCGAUGGAGAUGCAGAAACGGUGCCAUUUGGGCGAGAAAUGGAUCGCCGUGUUGUUCACAGUUGUGGCAUCCCUUGGUUACGUAUCGGUGGGGACGAUGGUGGCCUGGAGUUGCAAUGCCUUCGCCAAGCUACACAUUAAUCUGGACGUUUCACCAGCAGAGCAGCAGCAGCAGCAGCAGCAACGGUUAACGCUGGAGGAAAGUGAUGAGCUUUCCGAGAACCAGAAGACAUCCCUGGCAGCGACGCCGGCCCUGGCGGCCGCCAUUACUGCGAUCGCAGUCUACAAGCUGUACUACAAGAUCGGAACAAAGGCGUUCAUGCUGGCGGCAGCUUCCCUGAUGAUCGCUUCCAAUUGUUUGCUGAGUUUCGGAUCGUCGUUCUGGUACUUCAGUGUCGGCCGGAUGUUGGCGGGCGUUGCAGCCGGUAUUUGCUUCACGCUGAUUCCACCAUACGUGGACGAGUUCGCUUCCAAGCAGUACAAGUCCCUGCUGGACAACGUGCUGUACGUGCAGUUCGCACUGGGAAUCCUGAUCCAGCUGAUGUCCGAUCUCAUCCCCGUCACGGAGUUCUCCAGCGUGAUCAGCUCGGCCUUCCCGAUAUUCCUGUUCAUCGGGUUUCUCUUCCUACCGGAGUCGGCGCGCUACCUCUGCGCCACCCAACAAGUAAACCGGGCCCGCGCCGUCCUCAAGAAGACCCACACCAACGACGCCCUCGCCGUACAGAUCAUGGAGAACAACCUGAACCACUGGCAGCAGUCCAAGUAUGUCGCUAUCACGCUACGGGAUUCCCUCCGAAAGCUGCAGAACUCCCGCAUCGUCAUCCCCACCCUCCUCCUGAUCAUCUUCCAGCAGUUCACCGGAGCCAUCCCAGCCAUGUUCUACCUGACGCGGAUCUUCACCCUCACCGACGGUCAGUACACUCCGCAGUGGACCGCCAUCUACGUGGCCGGCAUCUUCGUCUUCAGCAUUCCGGCUUACCGUCUCGCAAAGGUCAAUCUCCCAGACUACAAACUGCUCCUGUGGAGUUCGCUGCUGAUGGCCGCGGCAAUGGCCGGCCUCGGAUGGCACUGCCACGUCCAGGGUAUGCGUGGCCAUUCAGAAGACUACGGCCACAUUCCGCUGCUUUGCGCGGGAAUCUUCAUCUUCCUGUACGCCAUAGGUUUCCAGCGGGUGCCCUGGAAGUGGCUUGACGAAUCGCUGGACGCGGAGAACGCCUUCCCCGUACGAGCCAUCGCCUGUUCCAUCAGCUGGGCAUCGCUGUACGUUUGCGUUCGCUUGGUACCGACCCUGCUGACGCACAUCGGCGUCGGAUGGCUCUUCUGGAACAUAACCAUCGUACUGCUGUUCGGGGCACUGUUCCUGCUGGUGGCCUUUCCCAACAUGGACCAGAGCGUCAUCCGGAGUAAAACCCUAGCCGAGUGCAACAGUUCAUCGACGACGUCGUCGUCGUCGUCAGCGUCUACGACCAACCUGGGACCGGCGGCAGAGCACGUGGUGUAAGCUUGGCGUAUGCACUUGUGAACGACAAGUCACGCAACUUAAGACUGAUUGGAGAAACACUCACUCACUCACGAAAGUUAAACCAUGAUUGUAAGAGGUGACCGACCGGCGCUUGUAGACGCCGAGAACGAACAUGCGAGCGAAUUUCCUGCAAAAAGUUGUGCAAGAACUUGAGCUGAAGCACUCGGGAAACACUAACGCCGCCUGACGGCGCGUUACGUACUUUAGAGGUAAAUAUAAAUGUCCAGUUUCCGUGUUCACCACAAGGAAUUUAUCAAUUAAUGAUGCCAUUUGCGUUAGGAUUACAGAUUAUUUGAAACAUUAUUUGAAAAUUUCUAGAUGUUUCGAUUGAUGAAAAUUUAUAUGGAAGUUUAUUGUAAGUCUGCAAAUUAGUAGGACAAUGGUAGCUUUGGUAGGUUCGAGAUUCAAAUUAUAUACGUAAAUAUGUACUGAUAUAUACUGUAGAUAAGGUGUCGUUUUCGUAGACUUGUUUUAGCUGAUUAUAUUAUAUGUUUAUCUUAUUUGAAAUGCAUGUAUACGAGAUUA